AUGCAACAAAUUGAUACAUUUAUUCUUUCCACAAUUCCGUUGGCGCGCCGCAAGUCGGUACUUUUCGACUUCGAUACAGCCUGUCCCAGCGGACAAGAUUCGCAGCAGGCAAUGCAGCAGCAACAAACAGAACAGCAACAGCUGUCACCGCAGCAGGAACUGCAGCAAGGCCUGCAGCAAGAGCUUCAGAAGCUGCAGCAGCAGCAGCAGCAACCCACACAGGUACACAGCGCAAAAGAGCGCCUGCAGCAGCAGCAGCAGCAAGGUUUCGCGCAAGUGCAGACGAACACGCAGCUGGAGCAAAAAGCAGCACAGCAGCGGCAGCACCUAGUUCAGCAGCAGCAGCAGCAGCAGCAGCAGCAGAAUAUGACAGGGGGUUUGUCUGAGGAUAUGCCGCUACCUUCUUCUGCAAAUGCUGCUCCGCAGCAAGACAGUGCAAGUCUCGUUCCGUCGUCUUGCAGCAGCAGCAGCAGCAACAGCCGCUGGCUCAGCAGCACCAGCAUGAAGCAACAACCAACAGCAGCAGCAGCAGCAACAACAGACGGCAGUCGGCUGUCAACGCAGGAAGAAUCAGCAUCUUCUGGUGCAGCAACGUUAGAAAUCAGCAGCAGCAGCAGCAGAUCUUCUCCUGCAUCAACAGCAGAUCCCGGAUGCCACUGCAGCAGCAGCUGCUGUAGAAGAAAUAGCAGCGAUAGCCAAGGUUUGUCCCUUACGGCAGCAGCAGCUGCUGCUGCAGCUGCCGAAGAGAACGCUUCAAGCGAUUCGUCGGCAACUGCAGCAGCAGCAGCAGCAGCAAAGGGUCACAAUAGCAGCAACAGCCCGCUUGCCGGCCUUAUACCGUACAACGCAGCAACAAAUGUAGACAGCUGUCCGGGUAGCGCAGCGGCAGCAGCAGCGGCUGCUGCUGCUGCUGCAGCGGGUAGCAGUACAGCAGGUAGCUUAAUGGGGAGCCCAGAAGAAGCAGCGACAAGUGGGCAUCUUCGCUCUCCGAACAACCCUGCAGCAGCAGCAGCAGCAGCAGCAGCAGCGGCAGCAGCCGACAAGCGCAUUUCAAGUGGGGAAUUGCCUCCAACAGCGGCAGCGGCAGCAGCAGUAGCAGCUGCAGCAACAGCACCAGCAGCAGCGGCAUCGGUCAGUAGCAGCCCAGCAAGUUUGCUGCUGAGCCCAGGAGCAGUCGUUCACUGCAGCAGCACAUGCGAGUUGAUGCUAGAGAGAGCAGCAGCAGACAGCAGCACGGGCUCGAUGCUACGGCAAGCAGCACCGGCAGGAGGAGCAGCAGCAGGAGGUGGAGGAGCAGCAGCAAGUCAGCUGCCUGUGCUGCGCCGGGUGCAGAUUUUGCCAUUAAAUCAUCCCUACACUUUAUCUGCUGCUGCUGCUGCUGCUGCGCUGCGGCAGCUGCAGCAAAUCAACCCGAGAAUAUACCCAGGUAGGCUGUUCUAUGCGAAGACAACAGCAGGAGCAGCAGCAGCAGCAGCAGCAGGGCAGCUAUCAGAAGCAUCUCUUGGCUCAGCAGCAGCAGCAGCAGCAGAUAUAAUUCAUGUACUGCCUGCGGACCCAGCUGAGGGUCCGUUCCCUGCCAAAGCAGCAGCUGCUGCUGCGGCGGCGACAGCUGCUGCUGCUGAAGGAUCAGCAGCAGCAGCACCAGAGGGUUAUUUGCCUUAUGUGGUAGCAGCAAGCGAGCCUGCUUCUGGUGGCAUCUGCAGCAGCGAGACACUGCUGCACUGCAGCAGCACCGCUGUUGCGAGACCAGUAAGGAAGCUGCAGCUGCUGGCUCUGCUGCAGGACUCUUUUUGGUCUAUUAAUUCAGGUGUACCAAGGAAUACAAGAGUAAUAGGUAUCCGGCAGCAGCAGCAGCAGCAGCAGCGCCAGCUGCAUAGGGAAGAACUGCAGCAGCAGCAGAUGAUGAACGCAAAUGUGCAGCAGGAGUCCGGCAGUAGGCAUCAGCCAUUCUUUCUGCCCCCUCCAGAUGUGCAACUGCCUUCUGCGUUCAAACCAGCUGCUGCUGCUGCUGCAGCAGCAGCAGCAGGAAGAAGGGGAGACAAUUCCGCCAUUUGGCGGCUUGCUGCUCUGGUGACGCCUGCUGAGAGAGCGAGACAACUGCAACUCCAACUGCAGCAACAACAGCAGCAAAAGCUUCGGCAGGAGCAGCAGCAGCAACAGCAGCACCACGCAGGUCACGAGCAGCAAAUGCAACUGCAACAGCAGCAACAGCAGCAACAACGGCAGCAACCGUCCCAUGACACUGCUGACAUGACAAGCGAGAGUUCUCUUGCUGAGUUAGAGGACCCAUCAAAGGAUGACAACAACGCCAACAGCAGCAGCAGCAGCAGCAGCAGUCCAUCAGAGAUAAAUUUAUGUGUUGAUCCUUAUGGAGAAUUUGACUGCGUCGUGAUUUCUCCCUUUAAGCAAUUUAUCAGCAACUCCCUAACCCCUGGUGCUGCUGCUGCUCCUGCUGUUGCUGCUGAGGAUGAGGAGGAGGAGGAGGUACCAGAAGAGGGGUCAGCAAGUCCCCCAUCAGCAGUAACAGCAGUAGGCGCGGCAAAAUCAGUAGGAAUAGCAAGAGAACUAGGAGGAGCAGCAGAAGAAGAUGACCCCGAAGAAGGCACAGCACCGCAACGAGCCCCACCACCCCCACCACCUCCAUCACCCCCAGCAGCAGCAGCAGCAACAACAACAACAACAACAGCACCAGCAUCAACAGCAGAUCGUCUAUCGGAGGUAGAAUCUGUAUGGAGGGGGGCCCUAUCUCCUUUCUUAUCAAGUCCUGGUGGCCGCUGCCGUCUCUUUGCUGCAGGGGAUGUCUUUGCUGCUGGUCCCUUACAAUUUAAAGUUGUAUCCACAAACCCUAGCUCACCAAUAGCAGGAGCAGCAAGAAUAGGACCCGCUACAGCUAUACGCAUUGCCGAGGCAGUGGACUACAGCGUGAUGGAUGCCGUCUGCUUGCUGCAGCCGCAAACAGCAGCAGCAAUAAAGAAGAGUGCUGCUUACCUUCGUCCCCACUUGCUGCUGCGAGCGUAUCAUGAUCUUCCACGGGAGACACAACGGCUGCUGCAGCAGAUAGGGGCUCUUGCUGCGCUGCCGCAGGAGCAACCGUUGCAGCAACCCCUGCAGCAACCCCUGCAGCAACCCCUGCAGCAACCCCUGCAGCAGCUGCUGCAACAGCAGCAGCAACAAGAUGCACCACGUGAAACCAGCAACAGCAGCAGCAGCAGCAACAGCAGCGGCAGCAGGAGAAGGAGAAGGAGCAGCAGCAGCUGCGAAGAUACCGAAGGCGUUUCGCUUCUUAUAGGAAGCGAGGGGCCCCUAACGAACGAUAUGGGGAGGUCCCCGAGGGCCCCCAUGAGCCCGUGCACACGACGGUUGCCUCCCAUCAGGCAGCCAGCAGCAACAACAGCAACAGCAACAGCAGCAGCAACAGCAACAACAACAGAAACAACAGUUCAAGAGGAUUUUGGUACUGGCAGGCCGCCGUCACCAAGCGACUUUGCUGGGGGGGCCCCCUCGAAUGCAAACCCUUCCGUCUUGGGGGGCCUCUUCGAGGGGCCCAUCCCUGCUAGCUCUAUACGCCAGGCCGUCGGAGCAGCAGCAACAGCAGCAGCAGGUGCAGCAAGUGCAGCAGCAGGUGCAGCAAGUGCAGCAGCGGCUGCAGCUGCAGCUGCAGCAGGACGUGGAUCACUGUGGCAUCGUUCUCCUGAGGGGGGCCCGGAGGCCCUUCCUCAGAAUGAGGGGCCCUGGGCAGGGGUGCUGGGGGCCCUGGGGGCUCAGCCCACAACCACCACCAGCAGCAGCGACAGCGGCAGCAGCGGCAGCAGCAGCAGGAGUUCUUCCCUAGGGCCCCCCCCAUCAUCGCAGUCUACUGGAGAGUGGGGGCCCCCUUCCUCAGCAGAAUUCCCUGCUUCCCCGCAUGCAGAGUCUACUGCCUCUUCGUCCUGCUGGGGCGGGGGCCGUUGGUCAGGAGGGGGUACUGAGCACGACACACCUUAUGGUGCCCCGGGGGUAACAACAGAACAACCCCAGCUACACAGUCCGCCUAUGGGGGCCCCCAUGGGGGUUCCCAUAGGCAUGGGGGCUGCCAUAGGCGGGGGUCAACCUAUAGGCGCGGGUGCCCCCAUAGGCACCCACCACGGUGCCCAUCACUCUCUCCAUGGAGCCACCCUUGUGCCAGGUGCAUGCAACGCAAGCUUUAACUGCAUAGAUGGCCCUCCCCAAGAUUUGCUGCACGGCGUAGGCAUAAAUACCCCUGCUGCUGCUGCUUGUGACAGCCCAAGAUGGGGUGGGGGGCCCUGUAGCGGUCCCCCGCGGUGUACAUCAUAUGACCAGGGAGGGGGCAUCCCUGCUUCCCCUCCGCCUUUCCUAGGUGCAGCAGAAGCAUCAGCAGGGCCUUCUCCUGCUAGUUCUUUAAUGUCUCCUGGGGGGCCCCCCAAGGGCUCCUUCGCAUCGUUACUACCCUCUGAAGCUUCCUUCUCUCUCCCUCUCUCUUCUGGUGGCGGUUCUUUCUCUUUACCAAACACAACCCGUCAUCUCCCAUUUAGAACUGUCCGCCUCUUUAGGGGGCCUCCACAGGGGCCCCCCAGGGGGCCCCAUGGGGAAGGGGCAAUGGGCGUGGUACCUCUUGGGGGCCCCCGGCAUGAACAGCCUCUCGUAGGGCACCUUGAGGGGCCCCUUGGGGGGUCCCACCCACCCGCAGCUUACGAAGGGAUGCAUGCAGGAGCAACGGGGGCCCCAAUGACCACAGAGGGUACCCUGAAUGGGUGCGCCCGAGAUGGCUUGCCCCCCUCACAGGGGGUUCCACCACCGUUUUCUUUAAGUGGAGGGGCUUUUGCAAGAAGGGAAGGCCUGCUGGGGGCCCUCCUCUCAAGAGGGCCCUCUAGCAGGGGGGACGUCCCCCCUCCAGCAGCCACAACAUCCAACGAAGCAGCCAGCUGCAGCAGAUGCAGAAUGGCUGCUGCCUUUUUAUGA